GCAUGAUUGAAAAGUCCAUCUAUAGAAAAGAAACCUGGACUGGACAGUAUCUUCACUAUAACAGCUUUUGUCCCAUAAGCUAUAAACGUGGAUUAGUGAGGACUUUGUACGACAGAGCCAGGAAGCUAUGUUCACCAAACAAGGUCGAAGAAGAACUAGAUUUCAUCGAGAAAUGCCUGAGGGAAAACGGAUACCCUAAAGGAUUUAUACAGAAGUAUAGCAGAGAAAAAGAUAAGAAAGAAAAGCAUCCAACUGUAGAAAAGAAAAAAGUGUUUAUUUGUCUCCCAUUCAAAGGAGAUGCAGUUUCACAAAAGAUUGACAGAAGACUGAAAGGAGCAAUAAAUAGAAGCUUCCCGGCAGCAAAACUCAUAACAGUAUACAACACCACUCCUUCCAUGAUCCACUCAAAACUGGAUAAAUACCCUGCUGAUGUCACCUCCAACUGCGUUUAUGAAUUUACGUGCACUUGCGGGAGCAAGUACAUUGGAAGGACAGAAAGAAGGGCUUCUAUCCGGUUUUCUGAACAUAUUCCAAGAAACCUAUGCCUGAAAGGAAGCAAAUAUUCUCAGAGUGCAAUUACCAGACAUAUUGUUGAUACCGGACAUCUCGUAGAGAUUUCUAAGUCCUUCAAAAUAUUAAAUAGACAAAGGACAGCAAAUUUACUACGAUUUGCCGAAGCGAUCGCAAUCAAACGAUUUAAACCAGACUUAUGCAUACAGAAAGAGAGUGUGAUUAACCUCUCACUCCCUUGGUAACUGAAUUUUGAUUUUGAUUAGUCAUCUAAUUCAGUGAUCUCAACUCACUGAGCAAAUCUCAAUCUUAUAAACUGUAAAUGCUUUUGUUUUUUGGAGUUGCCAUGUGAACCUACAAGCUAACACUGUUUCUGUUAAUCAAUUUUUCUGUUUUCUGUCUUACCCCUCCCCCCUCUUUUCAACUCUGAAAGUGUAUAAAUUGAUGAUGAUAACUUAAACUAAAAAUUGUAAUGCUUUCAUUCUUUUUUGGAUGCGUCAAUUUUAUCUCUUCUCUACUACUAAUCAAACAUUAAAGUAUGUUAUUAUCAUUUAUAUAACCAUUGUAAUUUCAGGU